CCCAGGGCUGGCCCCAUGCCCAGUGCCCGGCAGGAUGGACCCUGCCCGCUGCCUCACAAGGCAGGGGGCACUCGCUGGCCCGUGACGGCUCGUGGUGGCCCUGGGACCCGCUAUUGUCACCACCCGCCACACGGUCUCCAGGCUCCCACUCCACAACCCCCUGGGACCCACAGCUCCAGGACUGUUGCAGGGACCAUGCAGAUCCUGACGAGCCCAGCCCAGCUGCAGCGCCUGGAGGGCAUCCUGAAGAAGAGCCUGCCCCUCGCCCUGCCGGUGACAGGGACCCCGCUGUCCCCCCUGCCCUGUGCCAUCCCUGCCCUGUGACACGAUGAGUACCCCAAUGCCACGCUGCCCUGCCAGUGAUGGGCACCCCACUAUUUGCCCCUGCACCAGGGACCUCAGCGUCACCCUCAUGUCGUGCCGUGACUGGGACCCCAGUGUCACUCAUCUCUUGCCAUAAUGGGGACCCCAGUAUCACCCCUGUCCCUUGCCCUGCUGGUGAUAGGGACUCCCUGUCUCUUGCCUGA